AGUUCAGCCUCUAACAUUCCAGAAUACUGUCUAUACUGCCCUAUAAAGAAUGGUUCAGUCUGAAGGAAUUGGGAAUAUCAAAACAAACCAAGCACAACAAUCUGGACAAAUGGAGUUUUUCUCAAACCCACUGAUGGCAGAUACAGAAUCCGAUUGGUCUCCUAUUCACGAUGCUGCCUACAAUGGAAGACUUCUGUCAUUGAGCCGUAUUAUUGAACAGGGAGCCAGCGUUAACUUGGUCACCCUUGACCAGAUCUCUCCCCUGCAUGUGGCCUGCCGGCAGGGACACACUGCAUGUGUUAAAACCCUUUUGGAGCACGGGGCAAACGUGAAUAUUUCAUCCAUAAACUGGAACACGCCCCUCUCAGACGCAUGUGGCCAUGGGAACGCAGCCUGUGUCGACCUGCUCCUUCGGCACGGAGCUUCAACUCAGGGUGGGAGCACCACCACCUCCCCCAUCCACCAGGCAGCAGCCAAAGGUCACACAGAAUGUAUCGAGAGUUUGCUGAAGUACGGCGUGGAUAUUGACCAGAGCACAGACCAGGCCGGUCCUCCUCUCUACACGGCCUGUGCCAACCAGCACCUCAGCACAGUGAAGAGACUACUACAACUAGGUGCCAGUGUUAACUGCAGUAAGAACGGAGACUCUGCACUGCACCUUGCUGCCCAGCUGUCCAAUCCUGAGCUCGUCAAGACUCUGCUGGACCAUGGCGCUGACCACAAGGCCAAGAACAAAGCAGGCAAACUGCCUGUGGACAUUGCACCCCCCAACAGUGCCGUGGUGAAACUGCUCAAACAGACCACUGGCAGCAGCAUUUAAAUCUUUCCUCGAGUCGUUAGUGACUUUAAUGGCAUUCAUAAUCUGCAGGGUCUGCCACAUGCCCCCCCUCCUGUUAGCAACUGUUUCACAAGAUGUAGAUGGGAGCAUGUGAAAGGAAAGGGAAUUUAAAACAUAAUUUAUUCAAAAUAACACCGUUUGCUUAAAAUAUAUGUAAAGCACAUUAUAUGCAGAUACAUGUGAAAGAUAUAUGCAUGGAUGCAAUGUAUUUUUGUUAAUUGUAAAAUGUACUUAUCACAGCUACCACUAGGGGGCAUGAUAACACCAGCAUCAUGGAUGAACACCCAAGAUGCCAUGAGUUGACAUAUGAAUUUGAUCAUUCUUUCAAUCUCAGAAACAGGCACUGCAUUUUGAAGUUAAACUAUUACAUAUGACUUUGUAUUGAUGCAGCUAUGCACAUGUGUAUUGUGUUACCAAACUGAAUACUGUGGGAAAAAAAGCAUAACCCCAAAACAUUACGGCCACUCAUCAUUAAAAUAAUGCUUCAGAUAAAUGACUCAAAUAAAAACAAAUUUGUGGGGACCAAUCACAAACUGGCUUAUCCACCUGGCUCAACCGGAUCGUUAGUCUGAUUGGUUGAGGGACUAUCCAAGCAUAGCAUUGAUCACACCUCUCGUGCAGUAGAAAUACAGCGCAGACUCCCCAGACUGAUGUUCGGUCUCAAACGAUUGAGCUUGAUCUGGUGAUAGCCAAGCUAACAAAGUAGUCUGCAAUUAACAUCAGGCAGUAUUUUCCAGGGAUGCAUUUCUCAGGGUAAAGCGUGAUUUCACCAGCAAAUCUUUCUCUAUAUUGUUGCUGUAUCUGUUUGUACCUGCAUUGUUGCUUUCUAUAUUCUUUUCUUGUGUCCCAUUCUUAUGCAUUGUUUACUACCAUACCAAAUGUUUCCGAAAAAAGUUGUUUCUGUAAUCAUCAUCCUACUUGGCACAAUAAUAAAAUGCAUCAA